AGUUGCUGCAACAAAUACAAUGUCAGCGGGUCGCGAAAAAUCUACGAGUGUGUUGCAGCAUAUUGAAGCUGCUCUAAAUGUGCUGAAUCAAUUGUGCAUUGGCUUUAUUACCAUCUGGAUUUGCUGGAACACUCUGCGCACGGGUCUGUCCGGCAUACGCUUACACGUCUGGCUGGUGUCCUUUGGCUUUAUUUUCCUCAUGGCUGAGGGCAUGAUGUGUUUCUAUGAUGGCAACUGGCUAACUCUGCGCUACAGUCGCAAGCAAAAGACGUUUGCACACGUCGUGCUGCAGUUGCUCGGUGGCGGCAUGGGCGUGGCAGGUUGUUUAGUGCAACUUAUACGUGAUGAUUGGUCUAUUAGUGUUACAGUGCAUUCACGACUUGGAUUUGCCGCCUUUGUACUGUGUUUGAUUUCGCUCUUAAGUGGUCUGAGUGCUGCCCUAGCGCGUAGUCUAUCCAAAGUUGUGUCCCCACUGGGCAACAAAACGUUCCAUAUAGUGCUUAGUUUAGGCACAUUUGUAACUGCAAUGCUAGCUCAAUUUUAUGGCUACACUCAGACAGAAAUUUUCAAGGGUCAGGGACAUGAUUUUAUGGUUCUAAUGCAAGUAGUGACACUGCUGGUAAUGGUAUUAACUUGCAUUGCGCCAUUCAAAGCACUUUAUCACAAGUUUGCUAAUUUUCGUAAUUAAGACAGAUACUUUAUUAACUAUAAGUUUAAC